ACGCCCAGCUGGUGCUGACGUCACGUCGCACUGACCGUUAUGGCGGCCAACAAAGGAUCAGGAUGUCGCGAUGUUAAUCUGCGUGGAUUAAAAACCACGAGUGGCUUGAAAGAUUGAAACCAACAUCCAAGCUAUAAAACAGAUUUCAUCCCUUCAGACAGAACUGGUGGUUCUGCUGGGCUCACAGCGCCGCCAUAUUCAGGAACAGCUUUGUGAACGUCUGUUGUCUGUUGCUAGGCAACUGGACGCUGUCACAGGGUUGGAGAUGCUUUCAAGCCAAACCUGAAAAUAAAAACCUGCAGUUGGUGGCACAAACUGCAGGUUUACGGGUGAACCAGCUAUCUCCUGACUUCUCGGAUGAUCUAAAGAUGGCAUCCAGGUUCGGAUCCCUGGUGAAGGAAGCCUGUGUGCUGCUCGAUAAAUUCACAUCCGACAACCGGUGUGUGGACGUGUUCAUAGAAGAGGCUUCCACAUCCACAGACCUGCAGAGCAUUGAUCCUGCGGAGAGGAAGUUCAUCCUGGAAGUUGUUUCUGGAUGUGUCGAAUAUAAAAAGCUGCUGAAUGUUGUUAUCAGUGCGUUCUACGGUCAGAAUAAGAAGUGGCUCUGCAGAAGUGACCGCAGCCAGUUCAUCAUUACCUGCUACCUUGCCAUAUUUUCUCUUGAUGAACUUGGGCUUGAACAUUUUAGCAGCAUAAUUAAAUCUCUGGGCACCCUGAAGAUGCACUUGUUUCUAGACUUUUUCUUCUCAAAUCUCACCUCAUGGAUACAAGAGGAGUGGAACAGCAUCUAUGAGGCUGAAUUUGUGGAAAGGCUCUGGAUUGGCCCUCUGCUCAGGUGGCGCCCUGAGAUCAAUCUUCUCAUGGAUCAGCUUGCUGUAACAAAAGAGAGUGAAGUCAGAAGAGGUCCAGUUAAAACCACCCAGUGUCAGGAGUUUAACCUCUCCAAACCUAAACCUCGACCUCUACCCAUGCCGGAGCUGAUCCCCCUGCGAGAAAAGUCCAAAUCAGUACCAAACACUACUUACACGGCUCCAAGAGAAGUGCAGAUACUAGAGAAGAUUAAGCAGCAGAACCAGCAAAAGGCUGAGGAACUCCUGAUUGAUGCAAAAAUGAACCAUUUCAGAUGUGGGAAUCCUCAGAAAUCGGAGCUCACAAAGAGAGUGAUUUCCCAGAUUAAUGCAGAAGUCGACUCCAAACUGAAGUUUGAUUCGUUUCAUUCAUCAGGAAUUCCUCCCAGUAAGAAGGUUGACAGCUGCUCAGUCAAGCUUAAUAAUGCAGCCAUUCGGAGAAGAGAGGCUUUGCAUGAUCGUCAGGUGAAGGAGGAGCUACAGAGAAUAGAGCGACUGGUGCAAGGAGCUCGAGACCCCUCGCCUUACCUGCAGAGGCAGAGGGAGAUGCUGGAGAAGGACCUUCAGGAAAAGCUGCAAACGACUGAACGAAAGCGGCUGGAGACACAGAUCAGCGAACAGGAGGUAGCUCUGGCUCGGACUCGAAUUACUGAACGAAACCAAAAGGCGGCUCAGCUGAAGAAAGAAGAGACUGCUCAGCUCAUGCAGAUAUAUGCAGAAAAACGUCUGAAGGAGGAGAAAGAAUUCAGAGACUUGGUGCAACAAGUGACAGAGGGCCAGAAUAACACAAAAGCAGCUAAAGAAGAGAUCAGGAAAUUAAAGCAGAAAAUUGUGAAAGAAGUAUCAGAGCAAAGUCAGGAGCUCCUUCGUCAAGCACUCGAGGAACAACAGGAGGAGCUCUGCAGAAAGUUUAAAAUCAUCCAUGAAAUUCACGCCAUUGAGUCGCUCCCUCGCAUCAGACCGAGCAGCUUUGAUGACACGGAGACUGGAGGCCAUGAGCUGCUCAGUGAGAUGUCCCUGGUUGAGCUGAAGGAGAGGCUGGCUCUGCUCAGGCAGCACCAGCAGACACAACAGGAGGAGAGACGGAGCCACAUUCUAGAGGAGAAGCAGAAAAAGAAGCAGGAGAUGCUGGAGACACUGGACAACAUUGAGCUCCACAGGAGAGUGCUGGCAAAAGAAGCAGCUGAAAGGAAAGAGGAAAAGAAGGCCAAGCAGGAGCUCCAACAGCAGCUAGUGGCUCAGGAUGAGACCAUUCUGGCUCUGAAGAAGAAGCUCGAGGAGAAGAAGCAGGCUUGCCAGAGAGUGAGGCAAGCUGAGAGGAGCAGGACCAAACCCUGCAAGAAGACCCCCACGGGAACGCCUAGUCAGAGAGAUUUAAAGGAGAAAACAUGGGAGGAACUGGAGCAGAGCAUAGCCCGUUAUAUUCAGGAAACACAGUGAUUCAACCUCUUCAGAGAAAACACGUCAAGGACAUGUGAACUAUACUCCCUAAGAUGAUUCAUGUUUUAUCUUCUUAUAAUCUUAAAGUUCUCUGACUUGUCUUUUUUCUAUGAAAUCUGAUUAAAAAAACUGUUCAGUUUG